CGCGACGACAAAGAGACGAGAUGUUGUUAGCAGGGAGAUCCCAUUACAGAGGACGCAUGUUGUAAUAUGGUCGAAACAAAGCAAUAGGCCUGCCAUCCAAAAACAAAUCCUAAAAUCCAAUCUGGUUAUCCGCAGUAACUUUUAGUGGAUUUAUAGGCUACUCGCGUGGGAAAUGGAGAAGAAAAGGUGGGAUUGCACUGCUCUCCCCAAGGGCUGGAAAAUGGAAGAAGUGACCAGAAAGUCGGGUUUGUCAGCUGGAAAAAGCGAUGUCUAUUAUUUUAGCAGAGGAGAAGAGCAAGAUGAGGAACAGAGGCAAGAGAGGGGGGAGGCGGGUCGGUUGUAUAGUUUGUGUCCAUCUGGGAAGAAGUUUCGGAGCAAGCCUCAGCUGGCCCGUUACCUUGGUAACCAGAUGGACCUCAGCUCCUUUGAUUUCCGCACGGGGAAGAUGCUGAUGAGCAAGCUGAACAAGAACCGGCAGAGACUGCGCUAUGAUAACAACAACCAAAACAAGGGCAAACCUGACUUGAACACAUCACUACCAGUCAGACAGACAGCCUCCAUCUUUAAGCAGCCUGUUACCAAGGUUACCAACCACCCAAACAACAAAGUGAAGACAGAUCCUCAGAAAGCCGUUGACCAGCCCAGACAGCUAUUUUGGGAGAAGAAACUCAGUGGUCUUAAUGCUUAUGACAUCGCAGAGGAGCUGGUGAAAACAAUGGAACUGCCUAAAGGGCUACAAGGUGUCGGUCCAGGCUGCACAGACAAGACUCUCCUGUCAGCUAUUGCAAGCGCUCUGCACACCAGCGCCGCUCCCAUCACCGGCCAGCUGUCUGCAGCCGUGGAGAAGAACCCAGGAGUCUGGCUCAACACCACGCAGCCGCUGUGCAAGGCCUUCAUAGUCACUGAUGAGGACAUCAGGAAACAGGAGGAGCUGGUGUACAGUGUGAGGAAAAGGCUGGAGGAGGCACUGAUGGCUGAUAUGUUGGCCCAUGUCGAGGAGGCUGCCAAUGACGGAGAGGCUCUGAAGGAGGAAGGCAACGGCAGUGAAGAUAUGGAGAGUGUAUAGCACAGGGUUUUGUUCGACGCCUGCACACACACGACCAUGAACAGUAGGAGCCAUACAGCAGUCCCGCCCUGAUGAACUGUCCCCGAGUAUCUGCGUCCAACUUAAACCGUAACCUGACUUACACCAGUCCAGUGCAACCUAAAGAAGUCUUCCCUUCACCUGACCCCGAAACACUUGGAGUCUCAAAUGCAUCACUUCAUCUUUAACUCCACUGGAUGGGACUCCUUGACUUCAACUGCAGUUAAAGUUACUCAGUUUCUAAGCUUGAUUGAUUUUUGACUAGGAAAUUUUUACAAAAUUCACAUGAACUUUCCAAUAUUAAUAAUAACUUAUCUACAGAGUGUCAAAUUCAGUGUUCGAUGAGAAGCGUUUGAGCGUUUUUUUACUGAAAGGCUUUGAAUGGGUUUGUAUUUUUGUGACAAUCAUGUCAAAUCCAAACAUUUUAUGUCAGCAAAACGUCGACCUGGGUGCUUUUUAUUUUUGGUUUGUCACGGGCAGAUUGGAAAUGAAUGUUUUGUAUUGUUGGCAUGCCUCACCAGUCGAGAUGUGAACCAAGUUGAGCUAAUUUAAAUCGGCCACAGUGCGGAUGUUACGAAUGCAGAAGCUGUAGUUUUAAUCCCUUGUAUAUACAUUCAUCGGAGUGAACAGAGUCAAGUUUUUAUUGUUGUGAUUUCAAGGAAAUAUUGUACUUCAUGACGGCUGUGUCAUCCCGUGAGUCAUGUUCAGUAUUAACCAAAGAGGAGACGUGUCAUUUUGACGAGGGUCGUUCUCACUGUAACAGACGUCUGCUUGGUGUUUUACCGUGAGCGAUUAUAUCGGCUCUGCUGUUGUACAACUAACCACAAGGAGAAAGUACACGUGAUGGGGCACAAUGGGAAAGAAAUGACUUGAAACCUCUUUCUGUUGUACAAUGAUAACUGUUUUUAACUCUCUUCAUCAUUAUAGGUGCUUACUGACGUCGUGAAACAUGGCUGUCCGGGCUUUGUUUCUGUCACGGUUUAAUGUGUCAAUGUUACCACACACAUGCUGCCUCCAUGUAAAUCCACGCACAAAAGUGACGACACGGCAAAUUAUGGUUAAGACUAGUUUUAAUGUCAUUUAUCAUCUGAGGAGUAAUGAUUUUGUAUUUUAUUUUUAUCCCUGUCUGUCGAGGUUUUUUGGUGAAUAAUGUAUCCAGCUGAAAUCAUUUAAGAUCCCUUCUCAAUGUCAGCAGGCUGAUUGCUGAAAUGAAUUUGAUUGUAUUACUUAUUAAAAUGAGUCCGUAUGUCAUUA